UUUUCCUCCAUUUUGGUGCCUCAAAAACGUGGCCCCUUGGGAUUCACCGGGUGCCAUGGUGCCUGCCAUGUUCUCCACCAGUGUGCUGGAGCGCCGCAAGUCACUGGACCCAGAGAUGGUGCGGCAGCUGGAAGUCAGCGAGGGCAUCUUCGUGGAUAAGGAGAAUCGGCCACCGAAGGCUGGAAAUGGAGCCAUCAAGGAAGCUGUGAAGGUGAAGGAUCUGGGAGACUGGUGGCUCCAGCAACGUCGUGUGGACGAGUUGCAGCAGCAGCAGAGCUUGGAGGAGCGCCGGGUCAGUCGUGAUGGAGCCAAGGGCCAGUGGCAGAGACGUUGCGAAGAGUUGGAAGCGGAGAGUCAGGCCCAAGCCAAAGAGCUAUCCCAGUUGAAGGAUCAGCUCAAGAGGGAGGAGGAGCAGCGGAAGGCUCAAGCUGAACGCUUCCAGCUGAUCCUCAAAGGUUCCGAGGCUGUGGAUCGUCUCGCAGGCUUGCAGAAGCUGCAAGAGCAAAUGCAGAAGCUGCAAGAGAAGUCUUCUAUGCAAGAGGAAGAAUUGGAAGCCUUGACCAGGACAAAGAAAGACGCAGAACAGCGUAGCCUGCAUAGCCUCUGUACGCAGACAGAUGCUGAAGAAUCUGAGGCUGUGGUCCAUCAGCUGCAGGAGGAGCUGAAGACUGUGAAGGCAGAGGCUGAAGUACGUACAAAGUGCUACCGUCAGGUGCAGGAGGAACUACAACGCGAGUGCGAUACCUGGCAACGCCGGGCUCAGGCCCUGGAGGUGGUGCCAAAAAGUGAAGGCUGCAAAGCCUGUGAAACCCUUCUUGCCGAAGGGCGAGAGCUGAGUAGCACUGUCGCCAUGUUGAAGGAGCAGUGCGAAAACCUGGAGGUCGAAAAUCAAAGCCUCCGCAGCAAGGUGGAUUCGCUUCAGGAGAAUUUGGAGUAUGUCUCCUCCUCUCACGCCGAGUUGGCUGGUCACGCCAAUCACCGCCAGAAAAUUCGCCACACCAUUCAGCUGAAGACGGACCGGGACAAUACACGGGAGGAGAACUUCAGGUUGAAGCAGCGGAUCCGUCAGCUGGAGGCUGGCAGGAACAGCCAGGGGAUCAUCAAUGCCGUGGCUGGAUUUUCUGGAGCCACACCUGAUCCAAAGACGCCGACAGCGUCGCAGCGUUCAAAGUCUGGAUUCAGGCAGCCACGCUUUAGCGGUUUGGAAACGAAUCGAGAUGCAAAGGAGAUGAUGAAGAUUCAGCAACUGGAGCACCAGUUGGAGAGGAACCGAAACAACGUGAUGCAUUUCCUGGUCCUCAUUGAGCGAGCUGUGGCACAGGGCGAUGGUGCGGCCAGCGAUGCUGCCACCUUACUGGGGGCCCUGCGAUCCAGGUUCCUGAGCUGAGUUGGGCUUCAAGUCCGCUGGCAGAAAUUGUGUUUGUGGCUUCCUUGGUAUCCUCCGGAUGAUGGAGAAGAGUCUGAGGAAAUUCGUAAUUCAGGUUCUGCAAACCUGGUGCAUGCGAAGGUGAAAGCAGCAAGAAGAGGCGAUGUC